CCGGCGGCGCAGGGCGGGGAGGGCGCGUGGAGCCGGGGACACGCACACGGACACGAGCGCGGCCCCGCAGCGCGGCUCUGCGGCCAAACCCCGCCAACAAAGACCCCUCCGCCCCCCUCGCCGCCGCCCCCCGCGGGAUGUAGCCGGGCCGGGAGCCCCAGCGAGGCAGCGGCCCCGCCGCUCCGUGCCCCGCAGCGAGGCCGGGAGGCGGCGGGCUCAGCGGCGCUGCCGCCACCAUGGGCAAAUCCAACAGCAAGUUGAAGCCUGAAGUUGUGGAAGAGCUGACCAGGAAAACGUACUUCACGGAGAAGGAGGUGCAGCAGUGGUACAAGGGCUUUAUCAAGGACUGUCCCAGCGGGCAGCUCGAUGCUGCUGGCUUCCAGAAGAUCUACAAGCAGUUCUUCCCCUUUGGUGACCCAACCAAAUUUGCCACCUUUGUUUUCAAUGUCUUCGAUGAGAACAAAGAUGGGAGGAUCGAGUUCUCGGAGUUCAUCCAGGCACUGUCGGUCACCUCCCGGGGAACGCUGGACGAGAAGCUGAGGUGGGCGUUUAAGCUGUACGACUUGGACAACGACGGAUACAUCACGAGGAACGAGAUGCUGGACAUUGUGGAUGCGAUUUAUCAGAUGGUGGGAAACACAGUGGAGCUUCCCGAGGAGGAGAACACACCAGAGAAGAGGGUGGAUCGGAUUUUUGCCAUGAUGGACAAGAAUGCUGAUGGGAAGCUGACGCUGCAGGAAUUUCAGGAGGGCUCCAAGGCCGACCCCUCCAUCGUGCAGGCGCUCUCCCUCUACGAUGGGCUCGUAUAGUCCCGGGGCCGAGCGGCGAUGCCUGGGGGAAGAUGCUCUCUGUGCCAUCCGACCACCGCCGCGCGAAGCUUGCCUGUCCCUCCCGGCCUUCCUUUCCGUUCCACGAGCCAGGGAUGCCCUCGAAGCGCGAGCUCAGUCCCCUCUCCGCACUCUGAACCAGCCGCUGCCAUUUGCCAACUUCUGCUUGUCCCAAAACUCCCCGCGCCAGACCCCGGUCUGAGCGGCAGCGAACGCCCGAGACUCGGGGGCCGGGGGAACGGGUCGAGCAUCGCCGCAGGCAGAGCCCCCUCCUCGCCCCCUUUGCUCCCCUUUUCCUACGUUUUCGGAUGGGACUGAGGAUGUGCCGGCGGGGUUCUCUCUUGGGAGCCAGCCAGAGAUGGAGCCCAAAGCUCUGCCCGUGUGGGGUGGCCGUGGAGCCGAGGCACCGACGGCGAUUGGGAACAGAGUCCUGGCGUCACCCGCGAUGCCGCUGGCAGCCCGGCUCGGCUCACUAGGGACAUAUAUUAUAUUAUUAUUUUAUUUUUUUUGGUGAGAGAGUAUUGUGCUUUUUGGUUUGGUUUUAUUUUGUUGUUUUUUUUUUUUUUCCUUUGGUGGAAAAAAGUGAGGCUUUUUUUUUAUAUGCCUAUCUCGACGAUCGAUAUCCUUAUUUAUUUGUUGUAAAUGUUGCUGCUGUGUUUCGUCUCUCGUGUGUGUGUCCACCCACCCAGGUGAGGAUUUGUAAGGUUUACAUGCUCGUACACUAUUGCGGGGACCCGGGAGCCUGCAAUAACAAUGAAGCCAAAAAUCUGCCUUCCCCCCUCUCCUCCCACCCCCUGUAUCCCAAGCUCUGUGGGCUGGCUGCUGUUUGGAGGGGAUGCUGUAGCUUCUUUUGCUCUUCCUGUUCCCGUGUUCCCUGCAUUUUUCUGUUCACUCUUCCCUUUGGGAGCUCAGUGGGGCUCACUCAGCCCAGACUCUGAGCAGACCAAGCUCCAUCCCUCAGUCAGGCAGGGUGAGGAAUCUCCCAUCCCCAUUUCCUUCAUUUUAUUCAUUUUCUCACUGCAUGAAAAAGUAUUAAUGGAGCCCAGAGCUGGGUUUUGCUUUCAAGCAGAUUCCUUUGCUAUGUUCUGCUUUGCAAGCGGUGGGAAGGUGUUUGGUGGUGGCUGUGAAUCAUCCUUGAAGGGGAGCCUUGCUCUGUCUUGCUCCAUUCCCCCAUCCACGCUGGGACAAGGUGCCAGGGAGUGCCAGGCUGGGCUGUGCACAGCUCAGGGUGUCUCCUUCCCCCCUCACUCCCACAGGACAUGGGAGGUUUUGCUGUGAACCCAGGGCAGAGCCACUUUGCCCACCUUGGAGGAGGCAAAGGGCUGGGAAUGCACACCUGGGCACCCUGGACUGCAGCUGCCCCAUCAUGAGCAGGGCCUGCAUGGCCUCCCCAAACUCCAUCACCACCCAGCAUCCCUCUGGGAUGUGCCCCCAGCUCAGCCCCACCAUGGGACACAGCUGGAUCUCUGCUGGAGGAUCAGCAGUGCAUGGGUGGUGCCUCAGCUCUGGGAAAGGAGAGAUGUGCAUUCCCUCAGGGGCAGAGUGCAAGAAGCCAUUGGGACCCCUAAAGCCACCCUUCUAUCUCUGCUCCAGCUGAUGGCAGCAGCAUCUUUCCACCCAUCUCCCAGCUCCUGUGGCUGAGGACUGUCCCCAUGGCAGUGGGAGGUGACAUCUGGAUGUGGAGGGCAGUCUGGCAGGUGUCUCAUGAUGCAGGAGACAAGGCAGUGCCUCAGUGUCCCUGAUCCUCCCAGCAUGGCAGUGACAUGCCCCAGCCAAGAGAUGCUGGUUCUUCAUCGUGCAGCCCCACUCCCCAGUUUUGGGUUUUUGUGCUUGUGGUACUUCUUGAUGCCCAUAAAAAACCCCCUUUCCCCAUCCCCAAGGAGACUGACCUCACAUCCAGUGCAAUAUUUCUGCCUCUUCUGCAGUUCCUGCCCCUGACAAUGCCCGUGUUUCAUUGUGGGGGUGCUUCUGGAGGGUGUCCCUCACUCCCAUGGAAACCUCCUUUUCCUUAGUGCUCUGUGGCCAAAAUGCAACUCUCUGGGGUAGGUUUUUGCAGUGCCUGCAACUUGUUGAAAGCUCAUCUGCCAGACUGGUCCCCUCCUGGUGCCAAUCGAUGUUCCCAAUGAAUGUGACACUGCUGUAAUCACCUCUGCUGAUGAAUGAUGGGCCCUGCCACGUUUGACACAGUUCCUGGGCAAAGGCAAACCUCAUUUGCCCUGACACCUUUUCCCCUGGAAAGCUUUUAAUUUUUGGAGGAGCUGUCAUGGGUUGAGCUCCAUCAGUGCUCACAGAUGUGUCCCCAGGGAGUCAGCCCUGCCAGGGCUCUUGGCACUCUGAUUGUCCCUGAGCAAAGCAUUUUGGCCCCAGUGUUCCCCCUGGCUGUAGAUUUGGGACCCUGGCUUGGAUGCUUCUAUUCUCCCUUUUGGGGAGCACCAAGGGCCCCUGAUUCCUCCUGAGCACCACCAGGAUCUGCAGGGUCUUGCUAUCACUGAAAAUAAGGCUUGGAGCGUCUCGUGCUUGGAAAUGUUGGCCUUAACCUCCUCGUGCCUCAGUUUCCCCAUCAGUGCAGUGGCUGGGGUGAGCCAUGCCCCUCUGGAGAGCACUUUGGUGUCUGUGCCCUGCCCAGGACUGUGGGCACAGGGCUUGGCAGGACCCACCGAGCAUCAGAACACCGGGAAUGGUGUGUGAAACUGGGGUGGAAUUCACAUCAGCGAGUCUUCAAUUCCAGCCUGUGUUUCACACCUGGUGAAAUGGCCCUGGUUUGUCUCUGCUCAUACUGGGGUUCCUGGUGCCUGUCCAAAACAGAGCCCUGGCCAUGGGAAGGGGGCCCAAAGCACAGCCAGGCAGAGGGGAGGGUCCAGCCCCGGGGACUGUGGCAUGUGCCCCCCUCUCAUUUGUCCCUGUCGGUGUUGCCCCAUUAAAUGCCAUGUCUGUACUUUCCUUUCUUUUCACUUUUCUGUCUCUGUGCUGACUGUUGCUGCUUUGUAUCCGUCUUUCCUUGAGCUCUGGGGCUGGGCUGGGCUGAGCUGUUUCCCCCGGGAGCAGGAAUGUGGGAGAGGGCUCUGGGGGCAGAUUCCACCCUGCCCUCUGCUCACAGCGCAAACCAGGACCCACGGGAGAGAGAAGUGAAGGGUUUUUCCUCUGGAGCAGGCUGUUAAUUAAUGCAAAUUGUAAUGAGACCAGGCUGGUCCCAGGAGUUGGGUUGGUGGAGGGGGGUGUUUGCUUAUGGGGGACCCCAGACCCUGCUUGUGCCAGGUUCCAGCUGCAUCUCACCCUCCUCCACAGGAGCAGAAGCCUGUUGGUUCUUCCCCUGCCAUCAGGACACCAUUCCUGUUGGAGGGGGGGCUGAGGCUGUGGGAAUGCCAGCCCAGGUCGCUGCUCCUCAGUGGGCAGGGAUGCAGCUGCCCAGAGGUGGAAUUGUCUUGGAGUGUUGGGAUCUGGGUUUGGAGCAGGGCUGGCUUUGAAGCAGGGCCAAGCAUGGUGUGGGGGCGGCUGAAAUCACUGGCAGAGCUGCCCCCUUGCCAUUAUUUAGGGUCGGGGGUUCAUUUGGGAUGGGUGAGUGAGCUCAGCCAGCUCACUGUCCCCCAUCCAAGGAGGAGAUUUGGGGCAUUUAGUGAGAACAUCUGUCACCUGUCCUUCCCGAGAGAUGGGAGGGUCUGACUGGGACAGAAGCGAGGCCUGAGGACAAAGGAGCGAGCUGAUGGCCCCAGACUCAGUGCACAGUUUGGGGUGCAGCAGUUUUGGGGUCUCAGCCACACAUAUCAGCCCUGCCUAUUCCAGCAGCGCUGCAGUAAAGCCAUCCUUCCCUUCUCUCUCUGCUCCCGUGGCCACCAGCCCGGGCUGGGUGCCCUGCCCCAGGUGUGCCCCGUGCCCAGGGGGUGGCCAAGCCCCGGGCUGAGAAGCAGCAGCUCCAGCAAAGAGCCUUGUUUGUGAAGAUGAAGCCUGUGUGUGCGUCCGUGCCGGUGUCUCGGCUUGCAUGCCCCGCUGCCUUGUCUUGAGAUGAAUUCAAGAGCAAACCAAGCAAAUGAAACAGUUUAAUAACAGAACAAAACAAAAACCCAGGAACUUUGUGACAGUGGAAAUAAAAGCUUAAUGACAGUAA